UUGCGGCAGCGGGAAUGGCGGCGUCGGUGCUGAGCGAGGGCACGGUGAGCAGAGUGAGUUCUGUCCUAAACCGUGAUGUGAAACAGUUUGGAAAAAAGUUCUUAUUUGACAGAAAUGAGGAAACCUGUUGGAACUCAGACCAGGGCUCUGCUCAGUGGGUGUUGCUCGAGUUCCCUCAGUGUGUAAGGGUAACGGAAUUACAGCUUCAGUUCCAAGGUGGAUUCACAGGCAGAAUGUGCAGGCUCGAAGGUAGCAGACAAGGAGCCGAUUUCAGGAAAAUAACCGAUUUCUAUCCUGAAGACACCAACUGCCUACAGAGAUUCUCUAUCAGUGAGGAAUCCAUUGUUGAUAAACUGAAAAUCACAUUUGAGCAAAGCACCGACUUCUUUGGAAGAAUUAUUCUCUACCACCUUGAUGUUCUUGGUGAGAAGUUGGAACCCGUUGGAUCGCACUCACCAUCAGUAGGACAAAGGAAUGGGCCAUGAACCAGCCUGAAAUAGUUCCAGUGAUACUGUGAGUGCCCAACAAUGCACAAACCCUGCCAGGUACAUCAGAUGAUUAAACCUGACACUCACCUUGGAUCCAUGGAGAGAGGGGGGGGCUUCAUACCUGAUGAUUCAGAAAACUGGUGAAUUAGUAGUAUUUCACAAUAAAACAGGACACUUUUAUAUUUUCAUAUUUUAAGAGCUCACACAAUAUAUUAUUGGAGUGUGGUGAUGCUAAUCACUUGAGCAGGGUCCUGGAAACAGCAGUGAAGUGGCACAUCUACUUGUUGGCGGGAACGAGUACCUCUUCUCAUUAUGAUCACUUACCUCAAUUGGCAUUAUUUCUGUUAACAAAAACCCGUAUAUAGUUAGCACUUUCACUUCCCAUUCAGAUCAACCGCUUUCCAACCAGUGAAUUGCUUUCCAAGUCUAGAUAGCGUUAAAAUGUAGAAUACGGCUAGUUUAUAGGCAGAAACUCCAUAACAGCCAUUAGCAAGGCUCAGAGAAUCUGCAUUAAUGACAGUGAGAGUUUCACAACAGCCAAGAUACUGUGGGUAAUUCUAUUCUCUGAAAAAUACUAUCUUGGAUCCUUCACAAGCACCUAAAACAGCAGCUAGGGCCUCUCUUUCUACCAGUGCAGCACUUUCUCAGGUAGUUAAAUAUCGAUAAAGCACAUUUGCAUAAAUCUUGUUUAAAACUGCACAAUGUGUUUUGCUUUAAUUGUAUAUUGUAUGGUCACAUAUGACUUGAACCCACAGCGACCAGAGCAACAAAGGGUCAUUGCUACAAGGUUCAUUGUGGGGUCACCAGCACUGCCUGUGAUGCUGAAUGAGGACGAACCAUAGAACACUACAGCACAGGAAACAGGCCAUUUGGCCCUUCUAAUCCAUGCCAAAACUUUAUUCCGCUAAUCCCAUUUACCUGCACCCAUUCUAUAACCCUCCAGACCUCUCCCGUCCAUGUAUCUCUCCAAUUUAUUUUUAAAACUCAAGAGUGAACCCGCAUUUACCACGUCAGAUGGCAGCCCGUUCCACACUCCCACCACUCUGAGUGAAGGAGUUCCCUCUAAUGUUCCCCCUAAACCUUUCCCCUUUCACUCUAAAGCCACGUCCUCAAGUACUUAUCUCUCCUAAUCCAGGUGGGAAUAGCCUACUCGCAUUAACUCUGUCUAUGCCCCUCAUAAUUUUGUAAACCUCUAUCAAAUCUCCCCUCAUUCUUCUGCGCUCCAAAGAAUAAAGUCCUAACCUGUUCAAUCUUUCCCUGUAACUCAACUCCUGAAGACUCGACAACAUUCUAGUAAAUCUCCUCUGCACUCUUUCAAUCUUACUGAUAUCCUUCCCAUAGUUAGGUGACCAGAACUGCACACAACACUCCAAAUUUGGCCUCACAAAUGUCUUAUACAACCUCACCAUAACAUCCCAACUCCUAUACUCAAUACUUUGAUUUAUGAAUGCCAGGAUGCCAAAAGCCUUCUUUACAACCCUGUCUACCUGUGACACCACUUUCAGGGAAUUAUGCAUCUGAACUCACAGAUCCCUUUGUUCCUCCGCACUCCUCAGUGCCCUACCAUUUACUGUGUAUGUCCUACCUUGAUUUGUCCUUCCAAAAUGCAACACCUCACACUUGUCUG